AUGAGCAGAAACGAUGAAGGAGAAACCAGAGCUCCCUCUCUCUUCAGGGUGGCCAUAUCGAAGGUUGCAGUUGCUCAGAUUUGCCAAUCUGUAGGAUUCACCGGCUCUCAACACUCAGCCCUCGAAGCUCUCUCAGAUAUAGCAACCAAGUACCUGGAAGCCCUAGCGAAAUCCGCUUCAUCAAAUGCUAACUCCAGUGGUAGAACCGAAUGCAAUCUCUUCGAUGUGAUUCACGCGAUUGAGGAUAUGAACUCAGGGCAAGGCUUUCGUGGCGCUUCGGAUGUUAAGAAAUCCCUAUUAGAUUCUGCAAUUAUAAGGGAUGUCAUGAGUUUCGUGAGUUGGGUCGAUGAGAUCCCCUUCGCGAAGCCAAUCCCUCGCUCCAAUGCUGGGAAAAGAUCACAUAUUUCGCGAUGUUUGAGUGAACCCAGAAAAAGUUAUUAUCAAAACAGUGAGUUCUCUCACAUUCCGCCAUGGUUACCGGCGUUUCCCGAUCCGAGUACGUACAAGAACGGUGAAGUUCGGGUUCGAAGAGAAGAGGAAAGAGGUGGCAAUGAAGAAGAGAACGAUUGUGAAACUAAUCGAGUUGUUGAUGUUGAGCGGUGUGGUUUAGAGAAGGGGAAUGAUGGGGAGGAGAAGGAGAAGAGGAUUUUGCCGGCUGAGAGGCCGAAGGUGAGAUUCAAAAUGGAAUUAGCGAUCGGGCAUGAUAUUUGCAGAAGAAGACGGCAUUGA